GAAGAGCAGCCGCAGCUGCAGCAGCUGUUAGCAUUGCUGCUAUAAAUGUAGCUAAACAUCAGCUGUUUGGUUCAAAAACAGCGGAAUAGAAACACAAACUUCUCCUUUUUAGGGUUUAAUUGAUCCGCUGGGAUAAUUAGAACCUGUUAGAACCUGAUAGAUCAAUACUGGGGUGAUUAAAGCUCCGAUAUCCGCGUCUUUAUCAUAAAAACAGGAGUGAUUUUAUUUAAAAUCAGAUUUUAACAUAAACCACAGCAGUGAUUUAAAGAUGGAAACCAACGCUCCGAAGAGACGAGAUAAGAAAUCUCUGCGGGUCAAAGUGAUCAGUCUGGGGAACGCAGAGGUGGGAAAGAGCUGCAUCAUCAAGCGUUACUGUGAGAAGAGGUUUGUUCCCAAAUAUCUGGCUACGAUCGGGAUCGACUACGGGGUCACCAGGGUGCAGGUCCGGGACCGAGAGAUCAAGGUGAACAUCUUUGACAUGGCGGGACAUCCGUUCUUCUACGAGGUCCGUAACGAGUUCUACAAGGACAGCCAGGGCGUGCUGCUGGUGUACGACGUGGGGCUACGAGAGAGCUACGACGCCCUGGACUCCUGGCUGGGAGAGAUGAAGCAGGAGACGGGAUCGCAGGCUAACAUGGAUAGCAUCGUCUUCAUCGUCUGUGCUAACAAGGUGGACCUGACGAAGAGGAGGGUGGUGGAUGAAGGUGAAGGUCGACUCUGGGCCGAAUCCAGAGGAUUUCACUAUUUUGAGACGUCGGCGCAAAGUGGAGAAGGAAUCAACGAGAUGUUCCAGAGCUUCUUCUCCUCCAUCACCGACAUGUGUGAAAACGGCGGGAAGAAGCCGCUAGCGGAGGUUAGCAUGGGCUUCACCAAGGAGCAGGCCGACACCGUCCGCCGCAUCCGGGGCAGCAAGGACUCCUGGGACAUGCUGGGGGUGAAGCCCGGUGCUACGCGGGAGGAGGUGAACAAGGCGUACAGGAAGCUGGCGGUGCUGCUGCACCCGGACAAGUGCGUCGCCCCCGGCAGCGAAGACGCUUUCAAGGCCGUGGUGAACGCCAGGACGUCCCUGCUCAAAAACAUCAAAUAAUCCGGACCAGGGACUCGAACCCUCGACCCCGACCUGGAAACAUCAAAUAAUCCACUCACGCCAGGACGUCCCUGCUGAAAAACAUCAAAUAACCAGGGAAUCAAACCCCCAACCAGGACCCCCGACCUGGAAACAUCAAAUAAUCCACUCACGCCAGGACGUCCCUGCUCAAAAACAUCAAAUAACCCGACUACCCAACUCCCGCCGCCGUGCCCCGACCUGGAAACAUCAAAUAACUGGACUGGAAAAGUCGAAAUGUCGAGAAAAAAGUCAAAAUUUCAUGAAUAAAGUUGGAUGUCGAAGAAAAAAGGCGAAAUUUUGACUUUAUUCACGAAAUUUCAACUUAAUUCUUGAAAUUGUACUUCAACA